CCAGCAUAUUUGGGGCAGAGUGAGAGCGCGUGGAGUUUCUCACUACGAACAUCAACUAAAAUCCUCCAACACAUCGUCAACAUGACUACAUUCGACCGCACGCUCGUUGUUGGGGCCACUGGCUUCAUCGGACGGUUCGUGGCCGAGGCUAGCGUUGCCAGCGGACGGGCCACGUUUGUGCUUGUGCGGCCGGCAUCAUCGUCCAGCCCAUCUAAGGCCAGGACUAUCAAAGCGCUCCAAGAAAAAGGCGCUAUCAUCGUUCAUGGAUCCAUCGACGACCGGGAUUUUAUUGUGAAGAAAAUGAGGGAGCUUGAAAUAGCAGUGGUCAUAUCCGCUGUCGGUGGCGCGAGCAUUCUGGACCAGCUGACGUUGAUCGAGGCCAUCAAGACCGUCGGCAAUGUUAAGAGGUUCUUGCCUUCGGAGUUUGGACAUGACGUGGACAGGGCGGACCCAGUUGAACCAGGGCUCACCAUGUACAACGAGAAGCGUAAGGUCCGACGGGCCGUUGAAGCUGCGGGCAUCCCAUACACAUACAUCUGCUGCAAUUCCAUCGCUGCGUGGCCUUACCACGACAACACACACCCGUCUGAGGUACUACCACCGUUGGAUCAGUUCCAGAUCUACGGUGAUGGCAGCGUCAAAGCUUACUUUGUCGCCGGAACUGAUAUUGGAAAAUUUACCAUGAAAGCAAUUGGCGACGAUCGCACGCUUAAUAAAAACAUCCAUUUCCGUCCGUUGUCCAAUUUGCACAACAUUAACGAGCUUGCCUCCAUUUGGGAGAAAAAGAUUGGAAGAACGCUCCCGCGAGUCACCGUCACCGAAGAUGAUCUACUUGCAUCAGCCCAAGAGAAUUGUAUUCCGCGGAGCAUUGUAGCAGCGUUCACCCACGACAUUUUUAUAAAGGGCUGCCAAAUCAAUUACUGCUUGGACAACACAAACGACAUUGAAGCAAGCUCUCUCUACCCGGACAUCCCUUUUCAAACCAUAGACCAGUGCUUCGAUGACUACAUUGUUAAGAUCCAAGAUCAGAUUACCAAUGACGGGAUCAACACACCAACCAAUCAUGUUGUUAAGAUCCAAGAUCAGAGAAUCAAUGACGCGAUCAACGCUCCAAAAAAUCAUGUUGUUAAGAUCAAAGAUCCGCCAUCCGAUGAUGGGACCAAUGCACCUAAUGGUUGCAUUGUUAAGAUCAAAGAUCAGCCAAAGGAUCAGCUGAUGGAUGAUGGGAUUAACCCACCAAAUUCUAUGGUUGAGAGAGUAGCCAUCACAGCAACAUGUGCUUGAUCAACUUCUUCAUGGGCCUUAAGAAGUUUUCAGUAGCCUCUUUCUAUUUAUUCUAAGAUUUUAGCUAGUUCUUUUUUUGAGUCGUUUAUGCUUCCAUCUUAAUUACCUUCCAAUAUAUGGAGGUAUUUUUCUAGUU